AUGGAAGGAAACCGCGAACGACAAGCCGCAGAGCUAACCCUGCUCACAACAAUGUACCCCUCCGAGUUCUCCUGGCGCACAUCUCCACCNCCCAACCUCGAAACACCGACGACCAUAACCACCGACCCAAACUUCACCUUGACCAUCCACCCCAGUUACGCUCUCGAAUUUUCUCUUCCAGACACCUACCCCGAUACCCAAAAACCUCAUGUGUAUUUAUCUUGUGGUGGUGACGUAGCCACUGCGACACGCAAACGCGCGAGAGCAAAGCUGGCAGAACUGGUCGAGGAACAAGAGACUGGCAUGGAGAUGCUCGAUCUCAUUGUUACCCUCUUCACAGAAUACCUUCCCGAGUUGACCGCAGCCACGGCAAAUGUAGAUCAACAUCAAGACAAGGAGGGUAAUCACCAGCACCAUGCUUCAAGGAUCAAGCGAGUAGUCAUAUGGUCGCAUCAUCUGCUGGCCACCUCGAAACGAAAAGAUAUUCAAGCUUGGUCCAAGGAGUUGUCUCUGAGCGGCUACAGUCGUCCAGGCCAUCCUGGCAGUAUAUUCGUCGAGGGCGAUGAAGACCAGGUAGAUGAGUUCAUUCGUCGCUUGAAGCAAUUGCGCUGGCAAGCACUACAAGUCAGAGGCGAAGAGACUGCUGACAAGCGUAUUUGCGGUCCUGGCGACGGCGUACUCGAAGUUGAAGGACUGGGUGAAAUCGCAGAAGCACUCAAGAAGAUCGACGCUGACACUGCCGACCUGUUCCUCCAAGCCAUGAAGAUUGCAAAGACAGACUAG